GGAAAUUCCUCGGGAUAUUCCGAGGAUUUCAUUUUCUUUCGGAAUGUCCGUCAGAACACCGUUGUUUUCUUGUAGUGAUAUGAUAUCAAGUUUUCCGAUACUUCUAACGAGAAAUAUUAUAUAUUCUCCUGCGUUUAGACUUAUAUUCACUUAUUAGAGAAUUUUCAAGAGUAAUUAAAAAAUAAGGUUCUAACUAAGAAAGAUAACAAACGCAUGCAUGAGAUUGAGAGACUAUGGUGCAUGCAAGUGAAAUAAGUAGUAAUAAUCACCGACAAAACGCGCUAUUUCUAAUACUCAUCAUUAUAAAACGAGUGCAAAAGGCAUCAUUCUCCAUCAAUCAAUCACUUCUAAACUAAAACAUUUUCUUUCAAUCUCUCUUUGUCACAAUCAAGAAAAAUAUAAAAAUAUUGAUAUGGAAAUGAAGGGGAAAUACUUGGUAACGAUUAUUCUACUGGUUAGUACGUUAAGCGUGGGGAUGUGUUCUAAUCGUUGGAUUAGGGCUCAUGCAACGUUUUAUGGUGUUAAUGAUAGCCCUGCUUCACUUGGCGGAGCUUGUGGGUAUGACAAUCCAUACCACGCCGGAUUCGGAGCCCAUACGGCAGCGCUAAGCGGUGCACUAUUCAAAAGCGGCGAGUCAUGCGGUGGGUGUUACCAAGUGAGGUGCGACUAUCGUGCGGAUCCUAAGUGGUGUCUCCGAGGAGCCGCCGUUACGGUGACGGCUACAAACUUUUGUCCGUCGAACAAUAACGGAGGUUGGUGCAAUCUUCCUCGUCACCAUUUUGACAUGUCCAUGCCCGCUUUCUUCCGCAUCGCCCGUCGCGGCAACGAAGGCAUCGUCCCCGUCUUCUACCGCCGGGUGGGAUGCAGAAGAAGAGGAGGUGUAAGGUUCACGAUGAGAGGUCAAGGUACUUUCAAUAUGGUAAUACUCUCAAACGUUGGCGGCAGCGGCGCGGUGAAAGCCGUUGCGGUGAGAGGCUCAAGGGGAAAGAUUUGGCAUCAGAUGACUCGUAACUGGGGUGCCAACUGGCAAAGCUCCGGCGACCUUCGGGGACAGAGGCUCUCCUUUAGAGUUACUCUCCUUGACCGCAAAACGAUGACGUUUUUAAAUAUUGUUCCUUCUUCUUGGUGGUUCGGUCAAACCUUCUCUUCUCGAGGCCAAUUUCACUGAGUACAACUCUUGAUACAAUUACGAAGUCUUGCUUACUCUUUCAUCUUUGGGAAGCUAAUUUUCAACUCUUUGCUUAUUUAUGAACUUUGUCCUUUGUUUUUUUUUUGGGGGGGGGGGG